GCCAGCCGUGGGUCUCACUCAAAAGCAUACGAGCAAACGCAGACGAUAUAGAUGACGUUUAAAAUAGUGUAGUGUUUUCACGGUUAGCUCUUUGUGGGGUUCGUCAACAACUACAGCAAUUAAUUGUAAGGACACUAAAUAUAAUACUCACGUUGGCAUCGACUGGAAUGCUCGUCAUGAUGGCACCAAUCGUCCUCGUCGUCUUCGAGGGAACUCGUCGGCUCGUCUCGUCGGUUGCACGUCAGAUAAUGGAACUUAUACCUUCUGGGAAUGGCCUUCCAGAGAAAUACGUAUUAUUGACACGGUCACAGAAUGGCACUUAUACCUUCUGGGAAUGGCCCUCCAGAGAUAAAUGUGUUCACACACAGCCACAGGCUAACAUAAGCAAUCACAGGCUCACAAUUACUCCUAGCAAUACUCUGCUAGGGAAAACACGUCCACUCGCAUCAAUCACCAGUGCACAAGAGACCGUACUAACUCGUGCUGCCCAGAAUGAACUAUACCGAUUUGUCGCUGGUUCCCAAUCACGAGCGUCCACAUCGAUGUUAUAAGAUUUCAAAAUGGCUGCCAGUUGUGAAUCUGAUAUACAUACAGGAUGUGAUUUCGUUUAUGAUUUCUGCUGUACAACGUGUGAUGAGAAUACGAAUGUGAACAAGGAGGCCCAGUAUUACUGCGAACACUGUUACAAGUAUUACUGUGAGGACUGUGUAAAACACCACAACCAGCUGCUUAAAAAGCACUCAGUGCUAGGGAGAAACUACGUGGCUAAAUGGAAUUAUUCGCAUGAGGAUGCUUUUGAACAGUGCGAGAAACACAACGAUCGGAAACUGGAAGUAUUCUGUGAGGACCACAGUGAGCUGUUGUGUACUAUUUGCCAUAUACGCGAUCAUCAGAAAUGCAGUAAAGUGGUUCUCAUCGCUGAUAAAACGGAAGCUUUUAAUCAUGAGAGGGAUUUUCUGCAAAUGACAGACAACUACAUAUCCCUGCAGAGAAAAAUAAACCAGAAAAGGAAAGAAAAAGAAAAAAAUAUUGAGUCUCUAAUGGAAUCCUAUAAUAAAACACUUGACUCAAUAAACUUGUUCAAUGAUAAAGUAUGCGAUAUUAUCAAUCAGCUGAAAAUGAACUCUAUCAACAAACUGGAUACGCUGACAGCCACCUUAAAAACUUCCUUACUGUGUGAAAUUGGCAAGUGUUCAAGUCUUGAUAACUCCAUGCAGAAGUUCAGUGAUAAGUUGCAAUCUGCGCGUUCAAAUGUUGACUCCCGAUCCUUCAUUUUGUACAAGAAAUGUCUUGACCUACAUUCGAAGAUAGACCUUGAGUUAAAAAACAUAGGUGACAGAACUGAUGUAGCGUUGCUUUUCAAUCUUAAUGACACAAUUGAAAGGGCGUUGUCCAGUGUAUCCGACUUGGGUAGCGUUGUAACAACGAAUCGAAAUAAAUUGAUUGCAAUCACUAGUAAAACACAGUAUUCUUUAAAACAAGAAUGUUGGGUGUCAUGCAUCUCUGAGAAAGAGGAUGAAAAUUUCCUCAUUACAGAUAAGAAGAACAGACAAUUGAAAUUACUCGACCAGACCUUCAAGGUGGCCGCCAGCUUUGAAUUGCCUGGUGAGCCUUUGUCCAUGUGCAGCAUUUCUGGCAGCCAGGUGGCUGUCGCUGUAAAUGCAUACCCUUCAAAAUACGAAAUACAUUUUAUUACAGUAACUAAUGACCAGAUGGUCAAUGACAGGCAAAUGAAGCUCGAACAUCGGUGUACAUACAUUGUAAACCAUCAAGGCAACCUGCUCAUUACUUCAGGUACAGGAUUGUACCAAUAUGCUGUGGAUGGGAGACUUGUGAGCAAGAUGUAUGAGGAUACAUCAUGGGGAAAUACAGUUGUUUCAUGCGCAGUUAGUCCUCAUGGGGACAGAAUAUACGUAGCCAACGUUUCACGUAACUCUUUGACUACACUGUCUAUGAAUGGAACGGUCCUAGCUACAAUAUCAAACCCAGCCUUUAAAUGGGAAGACAUAAUUUUACAAGACAGGGCCAUGGCACGGGGCUACAACAUAACAGUUACAGCUGCAGUAUCUGCCACACCUGGGCUCUAUGUGACACACUCAGGUCAAGUGCUGGUAUGUGGAGGUGGGUCCCACACAAUUCUUCAGGUAGAUAUGGAUGGGAGGCAGGUACUAGCAGAAGUAGCCACAGGCAUAAGCCAUCCGACAUCUGUUUUCUGCAGUAAACGAAAGGGCCUACUUGUUGUGGGAAUGUGGAACAAUGACACUAUAUUGGUGUUCAAGACGCAAUAAAAGCUGGUAUACAUAUCAUUUUAAACGACGUUUAUUUGAAGUAAUGCAGUUAUUGUGUGUAAUGGUACAUAUUCCUGAGACUUUCAUAACGAUCAAUUGCUUAAGCCAUUCAUAACUAAAGUAUGUGUUUAUGUGCAUGUAAAGACACCUGCGACAGAGUUAACCGUGAAACAAAUAUUAAACAGUUGUUAAUAGAACUCUUUAAUCAAAUGAAUUCAUAGAGUUUAAAUCAAAGAACAAACAAAGUAAUUGAUACCAUCCGAGUGUAUUCGCAAAUUAUAGAAAAAUUGCAAGAAGGCAAUAUAGGCCUCUAACAAACUGAUAUUUACGAUUGUAAUGAUGCAUGGUACAAUCAGGUGGUACAAUAGAAAAGAACAAAAGCAAUGGUGCUUGUAGUUUUGAUAUACUUGCAAACAACAAUGCGAAUCAAAUACGGAGACAUGACCCCCUCCAAAUACGAUUAGACUGCACUGAUUAUAUUUCAAAAAAACAACAUAUUGUAUGUGGUUAUGGCAUUGAAAUAUUUUAUUUCAUACACACGCUUUUUCUGAGCAAACUGGUGAACGAAGACUAAGUGCAGAUAUUAUACCAGCAACUGCGUGCCGUACUGGAACCAGAAUAAGGGGAGAUAAUGGCCGUUAAAAUCAUUUCACAACGAAUCCCCACACAAGUUAUGUGGUUGGGCACGGAGGAAGGGGAAGGGUUAGUCCUUUACCUUAGACAACUUUCAAGUAGAUCAGAAAAAUCAUUUCAAGCUUUUGCUUUUUAACUUAUGUAACCAAUAUUUUUUUUUGACGUAGCGAAAAAAAUAAAAUAUUGUAAAAUGACUUUAAAAAGUAAAAUUUUGGUUGAUAAUCACUUGCCUUGGUUUGGAGGUGUAUCUCUUUAAUAACGUGCCUAUGCACAAAUACGAGAUAAACUGAUUAAUUUUAGAUCAAUCGGCUCAUACCAUUGAUAUUGGGUUAUAUGUUUCCUGUUUUUAACGAUAUUUCACAGAAGUAUUGAGUAUAUCUAGGAUUAUAAUCAUAUUAAAUACACGGUUGACUGAUAUGUUAGAAUUUUUUAAUUUAAGUUUUAGAAUAUACAAAUAAAUUGUUCGCAAACUA